CCCAAAGCUCGGCAUACGAAAUAGACGACCACGCCGUACGCAGAACAAACAACCACAUUAAGAAGUUCUCCUGUUCUAACAAACAAUGGCUGACGAUGAGGGAUAUGUGGUCCGAGUGCGCGGUUUACCAUGGUCCUGUUCAGUAGAAGAGGUGGCGAGAUUUUUUUCAGAUUGCAAAAUCGCCAACAAUGGCACAGGUAUUCACUUCACGUACACGAGAGAGGGCAGGCCAAGCGGAGAGGCUUUUGUGGAGUUGGAGUCAGAGGAAGACCUGAAGAUUGCUGUGAAAAAAGACAGAGAGACUAUGGGCCAUAGAUACGUGGAAGUGUUCAAAUCAAACAACGUGGAGAUGGACUGGGUGAUGAAACACACAGGUCCUAACUGUCCGGAGACAGAGGGGGACGGACUGGUACGUCUACGUGGGCUGCCCUUCGGCUGUAGCAAGGAGGAGAUCGUGCAGUUUUUUGCAGGGUUGGAAAUCGUGCCAAAUGGGAUAACAUUGCCGGUGGACUUCCAGGGGAGGAGUACGGGGGAGGCCUUCGUGCAGUUUGCUUCACAGGAUAUAGCUGAAAAGGCUCUAAAGAAACACAAGGAAAGAAUAGGGCACAGGUACAUUGAGAUCUUCAAGAGCAGCCGUGCCGAGGUGCGGACCCACUACGAGCCCCCUCGUAAAGCCAUGGGCAUGCAGAGACCCGGACCUUACGACAGGCCCAGCGGCGGCGGCCGGGGGUAUAACGGCAUGAGCCGCGGAGGCUCCUUCGACAGAAUGCGACGUGGGGGCUACGGAGGAGGUGUAUCAGAUGGCCGUUAUGGUGACGGUGGCUCCAGCUUCCAGAGUACAACUGGUCACUGUGUACACAUGAGAGGACUGCCUUACCGUGCCACAGAGACAGAUAUCUACAGUUUCUUUUCUCCUCUAAAUCCGGUGCGUGUGCACAUCGAGAUUGGCCCAGAUGGACGUGUGACUGGAGAGGCAGACGUGGAGUUUGCAACACAUGAGGAUGCCGUGGCUGCCAUGUCAAAAGACAAGGCCAACAUGCAGCACCGUUAUGUAGAGCUGUUCCUCAACUCAACAGCAGGGGGCAACAGUGGGGGCUAUGGUGGCCAGAUUAUGGGAGGAAUGGGUAACCAGUCUUCCUAUGGACACAGUAGCCAGCAAAUGAGUGCUGGUUACACAGGAGGCUAUAGCAGCCAGUCUAGCAUGGGUGGAUACAAUGAUUACAGUAACCAGAGCGGAAUGAACAGCAGUUACUAUGGCAGCAGCCGCGGCUCCGUUGGCAUGAAUGGCACCAUGAGUAUGGGAGGGGGUUGGGGCAUGUAGAAGUACCCUGAAUGUCUGUUAUGACAGCUGAGAGAGUCUCUCAGCUUGAAAAGAAAUCUUUUUUUGUUUUGUUUUUUUGUUUUUGUGUGUGUGUCUGAGGUUUCUGGAUACUUUUUUGAAGCUACAGGAGUUUAUUUUGUAAUGUGUAAAGUUUUAGGGAAGAAUGCACUUUCAAGUCUUCUUCCGAUUCUGAACUUCGUCACUGGAGUCAGUGCAGUGAUUUGUUUUUGUAUCCUGAAUCCAAGACAAAAUGGGUUUGCCAGAAUUCCUUUUCCCCCUGGUUCAGUUUAAAUAGUAGCGUUCACGCUUCAUUGACUGUGCUCUGUUCACUAAGCCAUGUGCGUGCUUGUAAAUAUGGUCACUGGCUGAUUUAAAGAGACUACUUAAUGUUUCCAGCCCCUCAACUCUGAAGGUCAUGGUUUGAAUAUUGGAUUUUUUUAAAUGUGAAUGGACAUAUUGGUGCGGCUUUUGUGUUUUAUUUUUGUUUCUUUGUUUUUCUUUUUGACUAAACUGGAAAGUACUUGGCUGGUUUGAUACAGUUCAUAAGUAUUUUAAUCAUUCUGUAUUGUCAUUCUCUUUCAGAAACACACACACUCUCCCUCACUUUCUCUUCCAUGGGUUUUUUUUUCUGGUUUUUUG